ACCUGUUGUGGUUUUUGGCCUUUUUGGAAUACUUUUUGAUUACUAUAGAUAGGAAGAACAAAUAGUAAUGCCACAUGGAGAAAGUGCGUAUAGCAGUGCAGCUUUUUGUCAUCUUUGCCGUGCAGAAAAGUGUACUAUGUAUACAGUCUUGAACAGGAGUUGGUUGGCAGGUUUUGGAAAAUGGGUGAUACUCUGGAAGAAAUGAAUGUUGAAGAAGGCCAGUCUGCACCAGGGGAAAUGGCAGAAGCAAGUAGCACAUACAUUAAGGAAAGUAUUCUGGAGCAGAAACAACAGAUUCUUCAGUUGACAAGCCACGAAGAACAUUGGAAAAAGAAGAUGCAACAAAUAGAACGGCAGCUGAAAUGCCUGGCAUUUCAGAAUCCAGGACCACUUCUAGCAGAUUUCAACCCUGAAACUCGGGAGCAGCAGAAGAAAGCUUGCAUGUCAAUGAUAACCCAGGAUUGCUUUAAUAAUACAAAGAAACCUGCAAAGAAAUAUGACAAACAUGGCCGGCUGCUUUCCAACAAAGCAGAUUUGUGUGACUGCCUGGAGAAGAACUGCUUGGGCUGUUUCUACCCCUGCCCUAAAUGCAAUUCCACCAAGUGCGGGGCAGAGUGUCGCUGUAACAGAAAAUGGGUUUAUGAUCACAUUCAAAUAGAGGGUGGGCAAAUGAUCAGAUUUCCAUUUUGAGCCAUCUAGCAAUAGUUCCUUGUUUUUCCCCUUUGUGAUAAAAAAUACUUCCCAAAAAUUUUCAGGUAGUCAUAAAUAAAUAUA